AUGGCUGGCAGCUUUUUCAUAAUAGGCAUGAUCAUCUUAACACAGACCGUAGUUGGAAUCCUGGGGAAUUUCUCACUCCUUUGCAGUUAUAUCGUCCUUCACGUCACGGGUUACAGGUUAAGGUCCACAGAUUUGAUUCUUAACCACCUGAUUGUGGCCAACUCCUUGGUCCUCCUCUGUAAAGGGGUCCCCCAGACAAUGGCAGUGUUUGGGUGGAAGCAUAUCCGCAGUGAUUUUGGCUGCAAACUUCUCUUCUUUCUGCACAGAGUGGGGAGGGGAGUGUCCAUCGGUAGCAUCUGCCUCUUGAGUGUCUUUCAGGCGGUCACGAUCAGUCCCUGGAACUCCAGGUGGGCAGCACUGAAAGUAACAGCCCCCAAGUACACUGUUCCCUCUAUUUUCCUGUGUUGGAUCCUGCAAAUGCUGGUAAAUGUUAUUUUUCCUAUCUAUAUAACUGGCAAAUGGAGUCACAAUAACAUCACAGAGGAAAGAGAUUUUGGCUGCUGUUCUACUAUUCUUACUGACCAGGAGAAUAAAAAAACCAAAGACGCCUUGUAUGCAGCAUUGCUGUCAUUCCCUGAUGUUUUAUGUUUGGGGCUCACGCUCUGGGCCGGAGGCUCCAUGGUUCUCAUCCUGUACAGACAUAAGCAGCAGGUCCAGCACAUUCGUAGGACCGACGGCUCCUCCAGGUCCUCCCCUGAGUCCAGAGCUACUAAAACCAUCCUUCUCCUGGGGGGCACCUUUGUCUACUUUUAUACUCUUUCCUCCAUCUUUCAAGUUCUUUGGCUCUUUUUGUUCAGCCCAGCUGGUUCUUUGUGA